CUGUUUAAGUUUCAAGGCUGCAGUCAGGAGUGAGGGUGAAUGUAUGUGUGUCAGUGAGAGCAAAUAGAUCCUGUUUUAAUUUUCAAUGUAGGGUCAGACUUUAACCUGUGAUUCUGCUCUAUUACCCAAUGUGGUCAGUACACAGAGGAUUCUUCUGCAGCCCCUGUAUUCCACGAGAAAGAUUCGGAUCUGAAAUAGGUUUAUUGUAGUUGGCCCUUUACUUUCGAAGGGGUUAACAAAUAUUCCAAUGAGAGUUGGCUGCCUGUCAUUCCGCCAGCCAUACGCAGGCCUGAUAAUGAACGGUGUGAAGACAGUGGAGACCCGCUGGCGGCCUCUGCUGGCUGACUUGCAGGAUUGCACCCUGGCCAUUCACAUAGCACACAAGGAUUGGGAAGACUUGGGAUGGAGGGAUGUCCUCACUCACACGUUGGGAAUGAGCCAAUCCCAAAUACAGAGCCUACUGGAUGAAGGGGAGAAGUUUGGCAGAGGAGCAAUUGUAGGCUUAGUCGAUGUUGGAGACACCUGGCAGUGCCCGAGUGACUCAGGUCCUGAGGAGCUGAGCAAGUUGGAGAUACAAGCCGUCUUACAAGGGCUGGAACACAAAUAUCUCACCACUUUGUCCAAUCCACGAUGGCUGCUUGAGCCAAUCCCAGCCAGAGGACACAAGGAUAUCUGGAUGGUGGAUAUUCCUGACGAACUGAUUCCCUGAUGGCCACAGUCAGCAAACUUAAAACCGUCUGAUAGAUGGCAAGAGUGUGCAGAACUAUUGUGAUGAGAAACUGGAAAAAAUAACUGCCUGCUGACUGAGAUACGUGGAAAAUAUUACUUUUAAUUCCCUAGUAUUUUUUUGUAAUGUUCUUUUUCUUUGUGUACUGCUGCUUUUAGGUAUGUGGGAAAAAAAUAAAUUGUGGAACACAGGAUCUUUCCCACCCCCCCAAAAAAAGCUGUGUUCUUGUAUUUGUCACAAACUUA